AGAAUAUAGUAAAUAUAGUCAAACCAUCCAUAUACAACUUCCUUUUUGGGGACUAUUCUCUAUUCAGUGGCCAAUUGUUUAAUGGUGCGUGAAACGAAAUAGAUCUGCAGAUAGACGUCAAAAUAAAUUCGGAAUCUUUAAACCAUGUCGUACACGUAAAUACACGCUUGUGUACACUCGUUUAUAAUAAACUAUUGGAUCGAAACCGAAACCACGAAGUUAGCUUUUCAACGAAAUGUACAUAGUCCAUGGGAGGUAACAUGGAGGAUACAGACCUAGUUGAUCUGAUGAAGGAUAGACUCGACUUAGAAAAUAUGACGUUUAUUGAAAAUCGCAACGGACUUAUUAGUAAAGGGAUGGUAUUUGAAACAAUUGACCAAAACAAAAUUUUUGUUAAAGUAAAUAGGAAGCAAGGGGCGCGACUCAUGUUUGAGGGAGAAGUUGGCAGUUUGAAGGAACUGACAAAAGCAAACACUGUUCGAGUGCCAAGUCCAAUAAAGAUAGUAGACAUUCCGACUGGCGGUGCAUUGCUUGCUAUGGAGUUCCUGGAUAUGAAUGAGAUUACAAGUCAACAGGCAGUUUUAGGAGACAGAUUAGCUAGACUGCACCUGUACAAUGACAGAUUACAAAGACAAGCUAUGGCGACUGAAUGUACAAUAGGUAAAUACGAAAACAGUCCGAGAGCCGUUGAUAAGUUCGGAUUCGGGGUCACAACCUGUGUCGGAUUUGUACCUCAGCCUGUCUCCUGGUCGGACGAUUGGACGAUCUACUUUUCCAAUUUAAUAGAAUACCGGAUCAGGAUGAUCGAGACACAAGCUUUGUCAGCUGUUGAUAUGGAAAUCGCCCGUAAGGUGCGAGAACUAUGGACGGAGACAUUAAGACUUCUGCCAGAUCAUUUUCGGAAUCUCAACAUCAAACCGUCGCUCUUACAUGGUGAUCUCCAUAGAUACAACUCGGGAGAAACCGUGACCGAUGGACCGGUAAUAUUUGAUCCCGCGUCGUUCUAUGGCCAUUCCGAAUGUGACCUUGCUGUGGGAUUUGCAUAUCCUGGUUUCAACAAUGAGUUCUACGAAGCAUAUUUUAAGCAAAUCCCAAAAGCACCCGGAUUUGAGGACAGGCUUAAUCUAUAUAUGUUAAAUCAGAUCUUAAAUUAUUGGAACAAUUUCGGUCCGAAUCAACACCAACGAGCUAUUGAUUUAAUGAGGAAAAUUACAGCCAAACAUCCACAUUGAAAUUUGAGCGUCAUAUAUUUUCGUCUGGAUAAGGAUUUUCAAAACAAUGGCGACCUAAACAGAGCUCACGAAUUAAUACGUGUAUGAAAUAGGCGAUUAUUGAUUAUUCUAUUAUUUAAUGAACUAAAUAAAAUUUAAUCAAUAAUACAAAAUAAAUUAUUAACACGUA